AUGAGCCCUUCGAUUUCUCUACCUAUCCAUCCGCAAAGAAGGAGUGAUACUCCUAUGGCAGCGUACCAAAUCAACCCUGAUCGAAGCACGAAACCUACUAGAAUAAAAAAGAUAUGCUGUAUCGGUGCCGGCUACGUUGGAGGGCCAACAUCGGCUGUUAUUGCAAGCAAGAACCCUAAUAUUCAAGUCACCGUUGUGGACUACAACAUAGAGCGCAUCGAAGCCUGGAAGACAGAUGAUCUGCCUAUUUACGAGCCUGGCCUGUUGGACGUAGUACAGGCUGCACGAGACGGGGACUCAACCAAGCGGACGCCCAACCUUUUCUUUUCAACAGAUGUCGACCGAUGCAUUGCAGAAGCAGAAUUGAUUCUCCUCAGCGUCAACACACCAACGAAGUCAUUGGGACGCGGAGCAGGUCACGCGUCAGAACUGUCGUAUCUCGAGUCGGCUGUUCGCAAGAUAGGCGAAGUAGCUGAGACCAACAAGAUAAUUGUAGAAAAGAGUACAGUACCAUGCCGGGCCGCCGACACACUUCGAGAUGUUCUCGCUGCAACAGCCAAACCCGGCCUCCAUUUCGAGAUCCUCUCGAACCCUGAAUUUCUCGCGGAAGGCACCGCCAUCCCGAACCUCUUGAAUCCAGAUCGCAUCCUUAUUGGGUCACUGAAAACUCCACGAGGCUUGGAAGCCGCCCAAGCGCUCGCCGCAGUCUACGGCGCCUGGGUCGACCCCGACCGCAUCAUCACUAUCAAUCUCUACAGCUCAGAGCUCGCCAAGCUCGCCGCAAAUGCUCUCCUGGCCCAGCGCAUAUCCAGCGUUAAUGCGCUCAGCGCAAUGUGUGAGUCCGUGGGCGCCGACAUCGACGAAGUCUCCUACGCCAUCGGCCUCGACAAGCGCAUCGGGUCACGCAUGCUCAAAGCCUCCGUCGGCUUCGGCGGCUCAUGUUUCCGCAAGGACAUCCUUUCUCUCGCCUAUAUCGCUGAGUCACUGCAUCUCUUCGAGGUAGCGGACUACUGGCGCUCCAUUGUCGACAUCAACGAGUACCAGAAAGACCGUUUCACACGGCGCAUUGUACGGUGUCUGUAUAAUAGUCUGAGUGGCAAGACGCUGGCCGUGUUUGGAUUCGCGUAUAAGAAGAAUACGGGCGAUACUAGGGAGACGGCUGCGAUCACGGUGAUCGAUAAUGUGCUUACUGAGGGCGCCAAUGUGCGCAUCUACGAUCCACUCGUGAAAGAGUCGCAGAUCAGACAGGAGCUCAACAGCACGACGGUACGGUUAAAUUGUGCGGAGAAGCAGCUUACCGUAUGCGAGUCUGCGUACGAGGCUUGCACGGGCGCGGACGCGAUCAUCAUAUUGACGGAGUGGGACGAGUUCAGCAACAGAGACGAGCCUAUGCGACGGGACUCGGGACACGGACGCAAGACGGACGAACGUGCGGAGCGCAAGCUCGACUGGACGCGUGUUGCGGAAUUGAUGCGGCGGCCGAUGUUCGUAUUUGACGGGCGCAACAUUGUAGAUGCUGCGGCGUUGGAGGAGUUGGGGUUCAGGAUAGAGUGCAUUGGCAAGGCUUAG